GUGGUGUGUCGGGAACUUGGCUAUUCAGCAUUGAAUGCGUACCACUGGCUGACACCUCGCUGGGAGUACAACCCGUUGGUGAACAUCCUGAAGACAUAUGUGGAACCUCGUGAAUGCUUCGGUACGGAGAAAUCAUUGGACCGUUGUACACUGCGAAUGAACGGCAAUAUCAGUAUGUGGCAAUGUAUGGAUAAUGAACACUUCAAUUUCAUUUAUUGUGGAUCUGCAAAAAUUCUCGAUAGUGAAUAUUUGGGUAAUUGGGGUGGCAUCACCUUCUCACAAUCUUCACUGGAAUAUCAACAAAGCAAAGCGCCAGAUAAGCUUAUUCUGAGCCGAUUGAAUAUAACGCACAAUCGAGGCCGUGGUUUGACUGUAUGGGUAACGAAUCUUCAAGGAGCAGGCACAAAUACAGGCAUGUUGAUUGAGUUGUCAAAUGUUUAUGCAUCGACAAGCGGUAAAAUAACACUUCCCUAUAAUGUUCGAGGAAUGUUGAAUAUAUGCGCACCGAAGAAGCAAUUCACCGUGAACAAUCGAAUCAUCCUUUUCUAUAAAUAUGAUUCGUAUCCGAUCGAUUGUGUGAAAAGUUUUUCAGCACCGAGCAAAAACAUCGCGUUUCGAUUCUUGUUGGUGAGUUGUUUUUUGGAAAGUUUGCAGGUUUUAUGGUCAUUUAUCCUAUUUCAUCACUAA